AUGGAAGCCAUACUCAUAGAUUGCGUACAGAAGAGUCUGCACCAUUUCUUGCACUCCAACGCCAUCUUCAUCUCACAACGUCUUUGUGCUCAGUUUCCCUCCGAGACAAAUUUGCAACUUUUAGCUGGCUGUUACUUGCAGAGGAAUCAAGCUUUUUCUGCAUACCAUAUCUUAAAGGGAACCCAAAUGGCUCAAUCCCGUUACUUGUUUGCAAUAUCAUGCUUUCAAAUGGAUCUUCUUAGUGAAGCUGAAGCAGCAUUAUGUCCUGCUAAUGAGCCCAGUGCAGAGGUUCCAAAUGGUGCAGCUGGUCAUUAUCUAUUAGGGCUCAUUUACAGAUACACUGAUAGAAGGAAAAAUGCUAUACAACAUUUCAAGCAGGCACUAUUAAUGGAUCCUCUAAUGUGGGCUGCUUAUGAGGAGUUGUGCAUAUUAGGUGCUGCUGAAGAAGCAACUGCAGUUUUUGGUGAAGAGGCUGCUUUUUGCAUUGAAAAGCAAUACCUGAAUUGUUCAACCUCUACAAACUCACCUAUGUUGCCUGAAUAUACUAAUGAAGUUGCCACUAGACCUUGUAUAUCCAUGGAAGUGAGUUCAGGGCACUUCAAACAAAUGCAAGGUCUAAAGGAUGUUGCUGUAAAUCACCAUGGAGCAUCUAUAUUGGGAGGAGCUUAUGGUGAACCUAUUAAUAGUGGUCCAUCUAACAUGUCAUUUUAUAACACCCCAUCUCCAAUGGCUGCGCAGUUGUCAAGUGUUGCUCCUCCCCCUGUGUGUAGGAAUGUGCUGCCAAAUGGACAAAAUCUUACUAAACUUAGUGCUGACAGUUCUCCGAAAUCAACAGUGAACUCUCCUACUCAUGCCACCCGAAGAAAGUUUGUGGGCGAAGGAAAGUUACUAAAGAUUUCAGGUAGAUUAUUUUCUGAUUCUGGUCCUCGACGUAGUUCAAGACUCUCCAGCGAAUCAAGUAUAAAUGCAAAUGCGAAUGUAACAGUUGUAUCUGGAAAUGGAAUGAAUAACUCUUAUAAAGGUGGAUCAAAGCUUAGCCCUACAACAUUUCGUGCGAUGACAGUUCGUAGAGGACAAUCAUGGGCCAAUGAAAACAUUGAUGAAGGGAUUCGUAGCAUUUCAGAUGAUUAUCAUUUAAAUAAUACAUCAAUGACUUCAAGUUCAUCUCCAUUCACUGAAGUUAAAUGUGAACGAGGAGAAACUUUUCAAAUUGGCAGGCAAGUGAUAAGUGGUUCUAAGGUCAUCGUCGGUGCUUCAGAAAUAUUAUCCCUUUUAAGAGUUCUUGGUGAAGGCUUUAGACUAGCCUGCUUGUACAAAUGCCAGGAUGCAUUGGAUACCUAUCUGAAACUUCCACAGAGGCACUAUAACACUGGCUGGGUUCUCUCCCAGGUUGGAAAAGCAUACUUUGAACAAGUUGAUUAUUUAGAAGCUGAUCGUGCCUUUAAUCUUGCUCGUCAGAUUUCACCUUAUAGUUUGGAAGGAAUGGAUAUAUACUCGACUGUCCUUUAUCAUAUAAAGGAAGAUAUGAAGCUAAGUUACUUGGCACAGGAACUAAUUUCAACUGAUCGAUUAGCUCCUCAAUCUUGGUGUGCCAUGGGUAAUUGCUACAGCCUGCAGAAAGAUCACGAAACUGCACUGAAGAAUUUUCAACGAGCUGUUCAACUGAAUCCCAGAUUUGCUUAUGCUCACACCCUUUGUGGACAUGAGUAUGUUGCUCUAGAAGAUUUUGAAAAUGGGAUUAAGUGCUUCCAGAGUGCACUCAGGGUUGAUUCAAGGCACUAUAACGCAUGGUAUGGACUUGGAAUGGUAUAUCUUCGCCAAGAAAAGUUUGAGUUCUCUGAACAUCAUUUUCGCAUGGCUUUCCAGAUCAACCCAAGAUCUUCUGUUAUAUUGUCAUACCUUGGAACUGCUUUGCAUUAUUUAAAGAGAAGUGAGGAAGCAUUGGCCAUAAUGGAGAAGGCUAUUUUAGCUGAUAAGAAAAAUCCACUUCCCAUGUAUCAAAAGGCCAACAUACUCAUGAGCCUGGAAAAUUUCGAUGAGGCUUUGGAUGUCCUGGAUGAGCUUAAAGAGUGUGCUCCGCGAGAAAGUAGUGUUUAUGCUUUGAUGGGACAUAUCUAUAGAAGACGUAGCAUGCAUGAGAGAGCAGUGUUUCAUUAUGGUAUUGCUUUGGAUUUGAAACCUUCUGCAACAGAUGCUGCUGCUAUUAAGGCUGCCAUUGAGAAAUUGCAUGUACCCGAUGAGUUAGAAGACAACUUGUAGCUCUAUAUGUGAAGUGCAAGAUUUGAAUCCUUGGUUAUAAGGAUUUGCUUUCGGCUAAUUGUGUAUAAAAGCCGCACAAACGCUUGAGGAGUAUUCAUUCAAAGAAUCAUUCCAAUUUCCGGAUCUCUAGAACUGACUUAAGUUUUGUAGGAAAUUAGCAUAGGGGAAGAGACAUAUGUAACCGAGGCACCGAGAAGCUCCUAUACUUGUACAAAUAGUUGUAUAAUAUAAAGGAAAAAUAGUUAUCCAUUCAUAUGUUCAUAAAUCAUUUGCUUUU